AUGAGGAUUGAGCUAUACGAGGGUCAAAAGCAGUUCAUUAGGGAUGCGAGAAGGGUCGUUGAGGACGGUGGUGUUGGAAUAUUCUCGAGCCCCACUGGGACGGGGAAGACUAUGUCUUUGCUCAAUGCAGUGAUGGACUACAUUGGCGGUGACGGGGCUGAACCGGGCUCUAGAAGCAAGGCGUUAGAGCAAACCCUCUUCCAAGGAAGUGCAGGGACAGUGUUUUAUUGUACAAGGACACAUACCCAAUUGUCUCAGGCAGUGAAUGAGCUUAAAAGACUGGGUGUAAGAUGUAAUGCCGUUAUCCUGGGGUCGAGGAGGGUUUAUUGCCUGAACGAAAAGGUUCUCCAACACAAGAAUUCUGAUGCCAUGAAUGAAGGAUGCAGACAGAUUGUCAGAGAAGGCCUGUGUGCAUUCUAUGACGGAAGUGACCUGUUUGAUGGACAUGGAAUCUUAGAUGUAGAAGACUUUGGACUUAUAGGAAGAGAGCAGAAGCUCUGUCCUUACUAUGCAUCCAAAAGAUAUUCUCACAGGUGUGAUAUUGUGUUUCUUCCCUAUCAACUGCUGUUUACGAGGGAGGGAAGGAAGAGUGCAGAUAUCGAUGUCCGAGGAAGCAUUGUCAUUGUGGAUGAGGCACACAACAUUUGUGACUCUGUGAUUCAAAUGAACACGUCUUCCGUGCUGUUUGUGACAAUAAGUAGGUAUGUCAAGGCCAUGGAGUUGUACAGAGAAAGAUACAGCAAGAGGGCUAAAGGGGAUGGGAAGCUUGAGAGAGUCAUGGAGGUACUUCGAAGAAUUGAGGGUUUCGGGGCCUUGCACUGCAGGAGUGUGGGUGAAGAGGAACGCGUAGUGGGUGUUUCUGAGUUCUUGCUUAAGACAGGAAUCGAAGACUUCAACAUGCUUGAGAUUGAGGACUACAUAGCCUCCAGCGGGAUUUCCAGGAAGCUGGAGGGGCUUGGAAGGGAUUUGAAUCUGCAGCUUCCAGAAAUAUCCAAGUUCCUAAGUCUUCUGACAAUGAGCGACAGGAGUGGGAGGAUCUUCUACACUUCGAGAAGAAUCAAGUUCACGCCUCUGGAUGCAUCGAUGUAUUUUGAAGAUGUGCUUGAAUGUAGAUCGCUACUUCUUGCUGGAGGAACAAUGGAGCCUGUUGAUCAGCUGGCCUCUGUUCUGGCAAGAAGGAAUCCCAUGUACUUUUCGUACAAAAGCGUCUGUAAUGAUUUCUUACCGAUUGUGGUGCCAUCUGGGCCAUCUGGAAGAGAAGUAGUGGUGAAUUAUGAGACAAGAGAAAGUUUGGAGUCUGUUAAGGACGUUGCUUCGUCGAUACUGAACUUCUCAAAUGCUGUCAGAGAUGGGGGAAUGGUAUGUUUUCUUCCUUCCAAAGCUUAUCUUAAGAUACUUAGAGAAGCAUGUGGAGACAGGAUAGGGAGAAAGAGGGUUCUGUAUGAGGAUCUUACCGACUUCCAGGAAUAUGCAUCGGAGGUUAAGAAGGGUGCCUGCAUUCUCUUUGCAGUGAUGGGAGGAAAGCUCAGCGAAGGAAUAAACUUCAGUGACAACCUGUGCAGACUGCUGAUGGUUGUGGGUGUUCCCUAUCCCAACCAGGACCUGGAGCUUAAGGAAAGGAUUGGGUUCAAUGGGAAUGGAUACACUACAAUGCUGGCAAUGAGAGUUGUGAAUCAAACCUUGGGAAGAGCACUGAGACAUAAGAAUGACUAUGCUGUACUGGUGCUACUAGACAAGAGAUACAUCCAGCUCUCAAAGCUCAUUAGCUCGUGGGUAAGAGAAAAGGCUAUCUGCUGUGGCUUCGGAGACGGCCUUCUUAGAGCAAGUAGAUUUCUGAAUAAAGAUAGAUGCCUCUAA